UUAUUAUUUUCCAAGUUAUUUUCGCUUAUUUCGACUUAUCACACCUUAAAGAAGCCGCACGGCUUAGUUUCCAACUGACGAUCGUGAUUGUAUGUACGAUUAGAUUUCCCCCCAGUGAACAAUCAUGUCGAUAAGCAGCUUGACGACGGCCGGAAGUGUGUUGGCUAGGGUGCUUAAAUCUAGUCCUGCCAGGGUGGUUCUGCCAGGAAGUCGGUACAUGUCCCACUACCCAAUCGAUGAAAGCCUAUUCGGAUUGACCGAGGAACAGCAACAGUUACGUCAGACGGUGUUCAAUUUUGCGCAGAAAGAAUUGGCUCCAUUUGCGCAGGAGAUCGACAAACAGAAUGAGUUCAAGGACCUUCGUAACUUCUGGAAGAAAAUGGGCAGUUUGGGCUUGUUGGGUCCCACUGCCAAGCCGGAAUACGGUGGCCUGGGUGGAACCUAUCUGGAUCACUGCAUUAUCAAUGAGGAAUUAUCACGAGCAUCCGGGGCGAUUUCUCUGUCCUACGGUGCGCAUUCCAAUCUUUGCGUCAACCAAAUCCACAGGAACGGAACGGAAGAACAGAAGCAAACUUAUCUGCCAAAGUUGAUUAGCGGGGAGCAUAUUGGAGCACUUGCGAUGUCUGAGCCUGGUUCCGGCAGUGAUGUAGUGUCCAUGAAAACGAAAGCCGAGAAGAAGGGAGAUUACUACGUGCUGAAUGGCAACAAGUUCUGGAUCACUAACGGACCAGAUGCGGAUACGUACAUCAUAUAUGCCAAGACCGACUUUGGUGGAAAGGCUCAGCAUGGCAUUACGGCUUUCAUUGUCGAGCGGGACAGUCCUGGAUUCACACAGGGUCCUAAACUGGAUAAGUUAGGAAUUAGAGGCAGCGGAACAUGUGAGUUGAUCUUUGAAGAUGUCAAGGUUCCAGAGAAAAACGUGCUGGGACAAACCAACAAAGGCGUCUACGUGCUGAUGUCUGGCUUAGACUACGAACGUCUGGUAUUGGCUGCCGGACCGGUUGGACUAAUGCAGGCUGCUUGCGACGUUGCCUUUGAGUACGCACAUAACCGCAAGCAGUUCAACAAGAGGAUCGGCGAAUUUCAACUAAUUCAGGGCAAAAUGGCCGAUAUGUACACGACGAUGAACGCUUGUCGAGCGUAUCUCUAUUCUGUAGCUCGAUCUUGUGACGCUGGUAAAGCGAAUCCGAAAGAUUGCGCAGGAGUAAUCUUGUACUGCGCAGAGAAAGCAACUCAAAUAGCACUGGAUGCUAUUCAGAUUCUUGGCGGAAACGGGUAUAUCAACGAUUACCCGGCAGGAAGAAUUAUGCGUGACGCUAAGCUAUACGAAAUCGGUGCUGGAACUUCGGAAGUUCGCCGCAUGAUUAUUGGACGUGCUCUUAACAGCGAAUACAAGUAAUACGACAAAUAAUCCAGAACAAACUAUUACAGGUAAUAAGGUGAUCAAACUUAACUCAGAAAUAUUCACGAAACGUGGAUUGUAACGAAUGUGCAUUUAUUAGGAAUUCCGUGCAAAUUUUACUACGCUAACUUCAAAGUGUUAAUGAAA